UUCUUGGAGGCUGGCAGAUGCACGGUCCCAUCCCACUGGAAUAGCUGCUGCCAGCCAGCCAGGGAGCUGACAUCUUGGCAGGAGCUUGGAGUGGAGCCGAAAGGGUUGUCAUGGAGAAACUGACACCUAGAGGACCAUCUGGCCAUCCUGACCAGGAGGCCUCUGCCUGCUGGCGGCUCACCAUCAGGGUCCUGGAGGCGCGGGGCCUGGGCUGGGCUGACCUCUGGAGUGAGGCAGACCCCUACGUGACCCUACAGCUGCCAACCUCACCUGGAAUGAAGUUUAAGACCAAAACAGUCACCAACUCCAGUCAUCCUGUAUGGAAUGAGACCUUCAGUUUCCUAAUUCAGAGACAGGUCAAGAAUGUUCUGGAGCUGACUGUCUAUGAUGAGGACUCAGUCACAGAAGAUGAUAUCUGCUUCAAGUUUCUCUAUGAUGUAUCAGAAGUCAUUCCUGGCAAGCUGCUCCGGAAGACCUUAUCCCUGCGUCCCCAGGGACAGGAGGAGCUGGACGUGGAAUUCCUGAUGGAGAAAACGUCAGACUGCCCAGAAAACCUCAUCACCAACGACGUCCUUGUGGCCCGAGAGCUGUCAUGCCUGGAUGUCCGUCUGGACAGCACGCCUGUGGUGGCAGAUCUGGAGCUGGAGCUGGUGCUGAAGGGGUCAUAUGAGGACACACAGACAUCUGCGCUGGACAAAGCCUCUGCCUUCCGCUUCCACUACAUGGCGGCCCAGGAGGCAGAGCUGAUCGGACACCUAAGGAGCUUCAAAAGCAAUGGCUGGAAUGCAGACAACUCAGUUGGACACAUUACCCUGCCCCUGAGGUCCUUGGCUGUGGGGACAGAGGUGCCCAUUGACGUUCCUGCUGCAAAUACCCCAGGAGUGAGGCUGCAGCUCAAGACUGAGGGCUGCCCUAAGGAGCUUUCCAUACACCUGGGCUUUGAUCUGUGUGCCGAGGAGCAGGCCUUCCUGAGCAGGAGGAAGCAGGUGGUGGCCAGGGCCCUGAAGCAGGCCUUGCAGCUGGACAGAGACCUGCGGGAGGAUGAGGUCCCUACUGUGGGCAUCAUGGCCACAGGAGGAGGUGCCCGUGCCAUGACCUCCCUCUACGGCCACCUGUUGGCCCUGCAGAAGCUGGGCCUCCUGGACUGUGUGACCUACUUCAGUGGCAUCUCGGGUUCUACAUGGACAAUGGCCCACCUCUAUGGGGACCCUGAGUGGUCACAGAGGAGCCUUGAGAAGCCCAUCAGACAUGCCCGGAGGCACCUAGCCAAGAGCAAGCUGGAGGCCUUUUCCCCGGAAUGCCUGGCGCGCUACCACCGGGAGCUGGAGCUGCGGGCUGAGCAGGGCCAACCCGUGACUUUUGUGGACCUGUGGGCUCUUGUGCUGGAGUUCAUGCUGCAUGGUCAGGUGAUGGAGCAGAGGCUGUCGGGACAGAGAGCUGCACUAGAGCGGGGCCAGAACCCUCUGCCCCUCUACUUGAGCCUCAACGUCAAAGAGAACAAUCUGGAGACCCUCGACUUCAAGGAGUGGGUCGAGUUCUCCCCCUAUGAGGUCGGGUUCCUGAAGUACGGAGCCUUGGUCCCUGCUGAGCUCUUCGGCUCUGAGUUCUUCAUGGGGCGGCUGAUGAGGAGGCUUCCUGAGUCCCGGAUCUGCUUUCUGGAAGGCAUCUGGAGCAACAUUUUCUCCCUGAAUUUGCUGGAUGCUUGGUAUGACCUCAGCAGCUCCGGUGACUCCUGGAGGCAGCACAUCAAGGACAAGAUCCGGAAGCUGGAGGAGCCCCCUUCCUCCUUGAGGACCUCCUCAUGGCCAGACACCUCAUGGCUAGAGCCCGGCACGGCACUGGCCCAGGCAUUUAAGGGCUUUCUGACAGGAAGGCCCCUCCAGCAGCACAGCUCCAACUUCCUUCAAGGCCUCCAGCUGCACCAGGACUACCAUGGCCAGAAGGACUUCUCCACCUGGGCAGAUUGCCAGCUAGAUGCCACCCCUGGCCAGCUGACCCCUCAGGAGCCCCAGCUCUGCCUGGUGGAUGCCGGCUACUUCCUCAACACGAGCUGUCCCUGCAUGUUCCGGCCAGGCCGCAGGCUGGACCUCAUUCUCUCCUUUGACUACUCCCUCUCCUCACCUUUUGAGGUGCUGCAGCAGACUGAGCUGUACUGCCGGGCCCGGGGUCUGCCGUUCCCCCGAGUGGAGCCCAGCCCGCAGGACCAGUGCCAGCCGGGAGAGUGUCAUCUCUUCUCAGACCCCACCUGCCCUGACUGCCCUGUGCUGCUGCACUUCCCGCUGGUCAAUGCCUCCUUCCAGGACCACUCAGCCCCCGGUGUGCAGCGCAGCCCUGCAGAGCUCCCAGCUGGCCAGGUGGAUCUCACUGGGGCCACCUCGCCCUACUCCCUGUUCAACAUGACCUACAAGGAGGAAGACUUUGACCGCCUGCUGCAGCUCAGUGACUACAAUGUACAGAACAGCCAGGGCACCAUCCUGCAGGCCUUGAGGACUGUUCUGGAGCGCCACGCUCUGGGGGCCAGGCCUCCAGGGGCACAGACUUGAGGCUGUUCAAGGGCCCCAGGACCCUGAGGGCCACACUCUCACCCCCUUGGGCUGGGGGCUUAACCUAACUGCAGCUGGACACAGCCACAGCCCUCACGAGGCUGGAGUUCCCGGCUCUCCCAGGCCUGGGCCACUUCUGCAGCUGGUUGCACUGCCCAGAGGGGCCUGCUUCCCACUCAGAGUUUUCCCUCACCUUCAAAACUAGUUUGAUGAAAUAAACCCCUUACCAGGCCAGUGGAUAGAACAGCUGGUCUGACCACAGAAACAUUCACAUGUGAUUAUUUUCAUGCCUAAGCAGAAUGGAUCUGGGGUGUAAGCUGGAGGUAUCAGACCAUGAGCAGGGACGGGCAUGGCAGGGGAUGGCGUGACUGAGAGGUGGCUCCAGGCAUCAAGAAUCACAGUAUAUCCUGAGAGUCUCCUCUUCUUCCUCCUCCUCCUCAUUCUUCUUUUAUACUAUUUUAAAACAACUUCAGUGAGAUAGAAUCUACAUACCAUACAACCCAUCCAUCUAUAAUGUACAAUUCAGUGGCUUUUACUGUAUAUUCAGAGUUGUGUGACUAACACCACCAUCAAUUUGAGAACAUUUUCAUUACCCCACGAGAAAGCCCGCAUCCCUUAGCUGCCAUCCUCAAACCCACCCUCCAGCCCUAGGCAACCACUAAUCUACUUUCUAUUUCUACAGAUUUACUUACUCCAGACAUUUCAUAUAAGUGGAAUCAUAUAGUAUGUGGCCUUCUAUGUCUGGCUUCUUCCAUUUAGCCCAACAUUUUCAAGAUCCAUCCACAUUGUAGCAUGUACUGGUACUUCAUCCUUUUUAUGGUUGGAUAAUAUUCCAUUAUAUAGCUAUAUCACAAUUUAUUCUUCAGUUGAUGGAUGUUUGGAUUGUUUCCACUUUUUUGGCCAUUAUGAAUAAUGCUGCUGUGGAUAUUCAUAUGCAAGUUUUUAUGUGGACAAUGUUUUUAAUUCUCUUGCACAUAUACCUAGGAGUGAAAUUGCUGGGUCAUAUAGUCAAUUUCUGCUUAACCUUUUGAGGAACUGCCUGUUUUCCAAAGCCAUGUUGGAGCCAAGGGCAGGCCACCCCAAUGUGCCAUUGUGACAUGCAGAUUAUUUCAGAGUUGAGAACAAUCAAGGGGCAAAAAGACCCAGAAAGAAACUUUGACCUCCCACCCCCCAACUGCAUAAAAAGAAUUUAGAGGACAUGCUUAAGGAAGAGAGCUAUCACAUUAGAUAGCUAUAUUAUAAUGUAAACUAGGUGUGGUAGACAGGGAGGGGUGUAGCUGAGUGUUCAAGUUCCUCUUUGUGUCCCCUCAUUGUUUAUUUUUUCUGUGUGGCCCAGGAAAUAUUUGUUCAAACAUUUACUCUUCAUAUCCUGUGAAUUACUUUCCUUUACCUUUGAAGUCUCAGAUGCCUAUCCCAUAUAUACCUCUGUCUUUGGAACCCAUGUCUGUGGAUUCUCCAUACAUAUGUAAUUAAACUUUGUU